GGUCCGCGGCCAGCAGUCCGUACUCAGCGGAAGCUGGGGGGCGAGGCCCGAGCGUCGCGGCCAUUCACAGCCCCUUCCACUCACUACGCUCCUGUUGGGCGAGUGCUUCCGGAGCGGAUGUUACCAUGGCGGCGGCCUUAGCUCGGCUCGGGCUCCGGGCUGUCAAAGAGGUUAGGGUUCAAUUCUGCCCUUUCGAGAAGAACGUGGAGUCGACGAGGACCUUCCUCCAGGCUGUGAGCAGCGAGAAGGUCCGCUCCACCAACUUUAACUGCUUAGUGAUUGCGGAUGUGAGGCAUGACGGCUCCGAGCCCUGCGUGGACGUGACUUUCGGAGACGGGCAUCGCUUGGUUAUGCGCGGCGCCCACCUCACCGCGCAAGAAAUGCUCACUGCGUUCGCCUCCCACAUCCAGGCCAGGGCCGCGGCGGAGAGCGGGGACAAGCCUGGAGCUGGUGCUGGGCGCUGACUGCGUGAAAGAGACCAACAGGCAGAUUUUAGCCUAGGACUUACAAGGACGCUUAUCCAAGAAAAGCUUGACUUAAUCACUCAAAUCACUGUCUUGAGGGCUACAGGGAGCCCUCCCCGCCCCUGUCACCAAAAAAAAAAAAAAAAAAAAGAGAGAGAGAGAGAGAGAGAAAGCCCUGUGACUACAAAUCUAAUCAAUGCCUCUAGAGAGAGACAGGAUGUGGGAGGAGUCUGGACAAACUUGAAUUUAUUUCAGUUUCUAACCAUCACUCACUGCUUAACCGUUUUGAAUUUGACUUUUCGCCCACUCACUCAAGGUACCUCUUACUCUUAUUAGCUAAAUCUAAUUUCUGUUCUAGUUCUAAUCUAGAACUAAUCUAGUUCUGUUUUCUCAGUCCUUAUCUUUCCAUCUCAUUAACACUUGCUACUUUUAAUUCACUCCCUGUAGAACUUUUCUUCCUUUUUCAAAAAGAAGUCUUGACCAUAAAGGUAGACUUCUUUUUUCCUCUCUGUUUUUGGGGCAUCUCAUCUUCUGACAUAACUUGAACUACCCUCUGAGGUUAAAUCCUGCAUUUCUGUUUGUAUCUAACCUCAACUUCUGUGCUAUAGUCAGGUUACCUACUCCAGAUUUUCUCCAAAUCCCACCAACACUCUUUGACCAAAAUAGAAUUGAUAAUCUACAUACACAUAUAUUUGCCUCUCCUUCUGACUUCUCAGUUCCUUUAAAGGCACUUCAUCUACUCAGCCACCUGGGUGGAAACCACAGCAUUAUCUCUGGUUCUGCCAUCUCCUUUUCCCUCAUACCCAGUCAGUAAGUUCAGAAUAUUCUGUCUUAAACUAAAGUUCCUAAAGUGUUCUCUUCAUUCCCAUUCACUCUUCUGUACUAUUGCAUUUUCCUACCCUGUCUCCUUUUUUCUCAUCAUUUUUGCUGCUGUUUAAUUUUACCUUUCCAAACAUAUCACUGGUGAGGCCUCACUACUACUUGUUUCAGAAAACAGCACCUAAAGUACUUUUAAUACUGAGUUACCACCCAUUAGUGUAGAUCAUAAAAUCAAUUUAAGGGGUUAAGUCAGUCUUUCAUAAACAAAGUAAAAUAGAAUAAAAAGUAUCAAUGCAUGGCACAUGGAAUGGGAAGUAUUAUUUUAAGAAACUUGUUUUAAGUGUAUAUACACCCAUAUAUAAUCUAUAUACAUGUAUAUGUAGAUAUAUAAAGUACAUGUACAUGUGUUGUGUCUGCACGUACUUGGUUGCAAUAUAGAUUUUUUUCAUUUUUUUUAAUGUGGGUUCUAGGAAAGGAUGGUUGCUAGCUACUGGUUUAGAGAACUUCAGAAUGCUCCGCUAGGCAAUCAAGGAUCUCUAGACACUACCAGCUGGGUACUUUGCCAAAUACAUUUUCCAUGACUUUCCUACAGCAUUACUACGCUGCUUCUAUGCCUAAAAGGGUUCCAUUUUAAAAGGUCUGUUUUUUUCCCUCUGUUUCCCUCUGUUUUUUAACUUCAUGGUAGUUAAAAAAAGAAAACUACCAUGAGGCAGUAUAGUGUAGUAAAAAUUAGAAUGCCUGAGGUCAUGUGAUUUUGGAAAAAUUAUUUAGUCUCUCAGUGCCUCUUUUCUCCUUUGUAAAAUGGGGAUAAUAGUAUCUACCUUGUAAGACUGUUGAGAAGAUUUAAGUGAAUUGACAUCUGUUAAAUACCUAAAGCAUCACUGGGAGUGAACUAAGUGUUAUGUAAGAGGCCUUAUUGUUUUACUUUGUGUACACCAUGAGAAGGCAGGGUUCUUAGGAAAAGACAUUAAUGUUGGGAAAAAUAGAAAGCAGCAGGAAAAGAGACCAAAUACAAGGUGGAUUGACUAUAAAAAAAAGCGAUAGGCAUGCGUUUACAAGAGUUGAGCAGGGCUGUUGAGGAUAGGACAUAGGGGACAAAACUCACUCAUGGCUCCCCAAGAGUCUAAGCCAACUCAAUGGCAUGUAAUACACAAGAAGCUUUAUGCUACAGUCAAAGUUACAACCUAGAAUCUGAAUUCUCCAGCACUGGUUAAUUGGCCAUUACCUGUGGCCAGACUUAACCACUCUUCAUUUGUAAAAUGGGGAUAGUGCAAACAUUGCUUCAGGUUGGGGCUAUUUUCUCUGUCCCCAGCAUCUCACAUAGUGCCUGAUACAGUGUGUGCAAUAAACAUUUGUUGAACUUUCAAAUAUUUAGCAUCUAUCUUGUGCCUAUAACUUUUAUUAGUACCAAGAUACAAAGAUGAAUACUAAAACUCACGUAUGUAAUAAGUGCUACAAUAGAGAUGUGGACCAGAUGCAAUGGUAGCAAGAAAGACAGGAGUGACCAUUGGGUUUGGUUAGAAGGUGAUUGCUGAAUGAGCAAAAAGUGUACCAGUGCAGGGUGGGGCCAGAAAUCAGAUUAUAGAGAAAUAGGAAGAGGACAUGCAGCAUAAAGUAUUUUAUAUAUAAUUAUUUGGAUAGGAGGUGUGGUAAUAGAAUAGCAUAAGGGUAUGUGAUGGGGUGCCCCAUGUUGGGUGCCAGAUGAGGGGUGUGCCACAUCCUGAGCUGAGUCCCCUGGGUUGCCACAGAGGGAGGAAAAUAAGUCACUCCAGACACUUAUUGGUCAGGAAAAGGGGGUGGUAAUCCCCUCUAGUGGAGAAUGCCCCGAGCCCUUCUCUUGAAGUGGCUUUUAUUGAGAAGAUAUGCACAGGGGUAUACAACAUGGAUGCAAAGGUCAUCAAUCAGUGUCAAAAGGCUAUUUACAGAAAAUAGAUAGAGAUCAUAGAGAACAAUGGUAGGAACAGAGAUUUGCCUCAGGUCAGGGUCUGUGAGACAUGGCCCUGAAACCUGGAACACUGAUCUCAUCCUGUGCUCCAACCCCAAACAUCAGUACUCAUUAACUCAAGGGCAUUGUUAGCAAAGUAAAUUGCGUAGGAUUUAAUGCAAACAAAGGCCUAAUUGUCCCUGAAAACUGCCUGUUCCAGUUCAGGGCUGUACCUGCCUUUUGUAUUAUUUCACUGACCCAGUCAGGUGGGUAGAACAGAGCAGCCAAGAGAUAAGGAGACUUCUUUCAGAUAGAAUGAGGACUCUCGCCAUGGCAGAGCCGAGAGGUGAGGGUCUUUUGCCCCCUCUUCAUGUCCCCUAAGUCCUUCCCUGAUGGCCCCUAAGCGACUGUGCCUGUCUUAGGUUGCCCCUGCCAUCGAGGGGUCUUACCCAUCAUUGACUAACCAGGGCCAAGCAAGGUGAUGCAAGGGAAGGCCUCUGCCAGGGGUACAGGUUUUGUCUCCUCAGUGGCCUAUCUUCCCAAGGCCUCCUUGCCUAGCUCCGGCCUUGGGGCCCUCUCGCCUGUUGGUGAAACUACAAUCCCUGAAACCAGGCAGGACGGUUUCCAACAGGUGUGGAAUAGGGUUUUAAAAAGAUGAUAAGGAUUUGCACUUUAUAAAAAUACCUUUUGUGGAGAUGAGACUGUUCCACGAGUGACUACUGCCCCCUAGGACAGCUAGAUCCUGGUCAAACCAGAUUACUUCCCCAAAAUCCCCCAGAGACUGAUGGACCUGUUCACUAUGCCCCACGCAUGCCAGUUCCAGAAAUGGAAAGCACUAUUGCCCUGCUCCAGACAAGGCAUUUUCCCCUUAUCUGGGGUGGGUCACACCCC